GCGUUAGCAGAGUCUACAGGUACUAAGGGAGACCCGAGAGAACUAGCCACUGAACUUCGUGCAGUAACAACAUGGCGUCGUUAGGCAAUGCAGGAACCGGAGCAGGUGGAGCAAGUAGCUCGACCAUCUGUUUCAAUUGCAACCAAGCCGGCCACAUUGCGAGAGACUGCCCAGUGGGCAGGGGACAAGGCGCCUUUGCUAACAAUGCGAAGUACUGGCAAUCAAGGAAGGAGAAUGAAGAUAGCAUAAACCGAGUGGUUAGAUGGGCAGACUGCAAGAUGCAGAAGGAAAUGGAGGAAGAGGAAAACAAGAAGGCGGAGGAGGAGAGAAGAAGGAUAAAAGUUGAACGAAGAAAGCAACAAUUGGAAGAGGAGAGGCGUGAUGAGAAGAUUCGAAGGAUGAUGUUGGAGGAGUGCGACCGGAGAGAUAGAAAGAUUGAGGAGGCGAAGCUAAGAAUGAUAGCUGCAGUAUCAAGGGACCUGCGAAAUUUCCGAGCGGAAAUAAAAACGGAAAUCCAGAUCGCGUUAGCAAUAAAUUUCAAGACCCCGAAACAAGAUAGGGAGGUGUUUGCGAAUGGACUCGAUACGUACCUUAUGGAGGAAGAAGUUCCGGCGGGUGAUGGCUCAAAAGUACCACCGAAGAGAGCAAGAAGGAAGCGAAUAGCGAAGAAUUACACAACACUGGAUGACUGGGAAGAGGAAGCAAGGGUCAUGUCAAAAGCAGACUAUGAGAAAAACCUGAGGAGGAAGGCUAGCACGCCGAUGAAGAACGGCUCCGCAGUGAAAGAGUACCCAGCAUCGUGCAGUAAAGGGAAUUUAGUAAGUAAUAUCCUGGAUACCAGGUCCAAGUUGAUGGCGAAGGAAUGGCGGGAAGUGAAGAAACUAUGCGAGGCGAGAGAUAUUACCUAUAUCUCGCGCAAGGUGUGCAAAACCCGAUAUCUUCACUGUUGUCCGCAAGUGGCUGCCGGGAGGUGACGAGGGUCUCAUGCCGUUCAUUGACAACAGCUGCCGCCGUCUCGUCCGCAGCAUAAAUCAACUCGAGCAGCCGUA